AAAAGGAAUCAUAAUCACCAGAACUGUGGACUGAAAAUCCCCAUUAACUGGGCUCAGAGAAGUACCUAAUACACAGACAGCUGAAAAUUAGCCUUUUUGUUUCUUUUCAGCUUCUCUCGAAGUUGCAUUGGCUUUGCUGUGUCACAUCUCAGAAUGCAUCAUUCUAUGAUUUCCCAGCUACUAAUGGAGCCCUACUGGAAUGUGGAACAGGUCUUUAGGAGUUCAGCUCAUAGGGUCACUUGAUACAAUCAUCCAACCUCAGAGCUGCAGCAGCAAUAGCAAUGGCCAUCUUGAAUAAAUACCAGUAAAAAUGGGAAGUACUGGAUUCUGGUUUCCUUCAAGAAGAGUCAGCGGAACUGGUUAAGACCAAAAUCUGAGGACUUUAGUGGGCAACCAUCAGGUGUGCAUUGAAAAGAGGCUACCGUAACUCUGUUUGAAUCCCCUUUUGCUUUCUUUUACGACCACAUGAAACUUGAGAAGCCAUCUAAAGCUAAAUCAUUUAGUGGAGUUGGGCAGUUCCCAAGUGUCCAACAAGAAGGCCUGGUUUAGGCUGCGAUGGCCACUGUCAUUCCUGGUGAUUUGUCAGAAGUAAGAGAUACCCAGAAAGUCCCUUCAGGGAGACGUAAGCGUGGUGAAACCAAACCAAGAAAAAACUUUCCUUGCCAACUGUGUGACAAGGCCUUUAACAGUGUUGAGAAAUUAAAGGUUCACUCAUACUCUCACACAGGAGAGAGGCCCUACAAGUGCACACAACAAGACUGCACCAAGGCCUUUGUUUCUAAGUACAAAUUACUAAGGCAUAUGGCUACUCAUUCUCCUGAGAAAACCCACAAGUGUAAUUAUUGUGAGAAAAUGUUUCACCGAAAAGAUCACCUAAAGAAUCACCUACAUACACACAAUCCCAACAAAGAGGCCUUUAAGUGUGAAGAAUGUGGAAAGAACUACAAUACCAAGCUUGGAUUUAAACGUCACCUGGCCUUGCAUGCUGCAACAAGUGGUGACCUCACCUGUAAGGUAUGUUUGCAGACUUUUGAAAGCACGGGAGUGCUGCUGGAGCACCUAAAAACUCAUGCAGGCAAGUCAUCGGGUGGAGUGAAGGAAAAAAAACACCAGUGUGAACACUGUGAUCGUCGGUUCUACACCCGAAAGGAUGUCCGUAGACACAUGGUAGUGCACACUGGAAGAAAGGACUUCCUCUGUCAGUAUUGUGCACAGAGAUUUGGGCGGAAGGAUCAUUUAACACGCCAUAUGAAGAAGAGUCACAACCAAGAACUUUUGAAGGUCAAAACAGAGCCAAUGGACCUUCUAGAUCCCUUUACCUGCAAUGUUUCUGUGCCUAUAAAGGACGAGCUGCUUCCAGUGAUGUCUUUACCUUCCAGUGACCUGACAUCAAAGCCAUUUACAAACACUUUGCAAUUGAAUCUCUACAACACUCAAAUUCAGUCCAUGCAGAGUUCUGCGUCUGCACACCAAAUGGUCGCCACGUCAUUACCAUUGGGAAUGCCUUGUCCAAUAGAUAUGGAGUCUGUCCACCCUUCUCACCAGCUAUCUUUGAAAUACCCACUCAGUUCUACCUCAUAUGCAAUUUCUAUGCCAGAAAAAGAACAGCCAUUGAAAGGGGAAAUUGAAAGUUACUUAAUGGAGUUGCAAAGUGGUAUGCCUUCUUCAUCCCAGGAUUCUCAAGCCUCUUCAUCUAAAUUAGGGUUGGAUCCUCAAGUAGGACCACUAGAUGAUGGAUCUGGGGAGGUUUCCCUUUCCAAAAACUCUGUUUCUAUUAGUGAACCUCUAAGCACCCCAUCAUUGGACUUUUCUCAGUUGUUCAACUUUGUACCAGUAAAUGGCCCUCCCUAUAACCCAUCUGUUUCCGUGGGGAACCUUGGAAUGAGCUAUACACAGGAGGAGGCACAUUCUUCUAUGACUCAACUUCCACCACAAACACAGGAUCCUCAGGAUCCUAGCAAUAGUAUAAAUCUUGGGUCUCUGCACUCAUUGUCAGCAGCUUUUGCAAGCAGUUUAAGCACAACCACGACCCUACCACGUUUUCAUCAAGCUUUCCAAUAGGAUGUACAAAGCUGGCUUAUUACUGUCUAUUUGUAGAAAUGCCUUAGGUGACCAUUUUUAACUUAGUGCCUACUAUAAGAUAUUAUAAAUCUUCUGCUUUUGUACAGUACCAAUCUCAUGAAGCCAGUAAGAAAUUUAAAUUAACUUUUUAAAAAUAUUUUGAAAGUGUUUAUUCUCAACUGUGUUUACUUUGGUUUUUAUAAAGUCUCAAUGUAUUGUUUUAAUUUUCACUGCCAAUUGACACACACUUUAAAAAUCAGUAGAAAGCCAUCCCUACUAAGCUUUGACAUGCAUCCCAUGUUUAAAACUUUUCACAGAGAUAUCAGUCAUUAUUUUUUGUCAAUUAAAUGGUAGAUCUACCAUGUUAUGUGUUGUGAAUUUUAAAAUUUGCAAAGAAUCUACUUUUUGCAUUUUAUACAAAUUCCUUAAAAUCCUUUGAAAAAAUCCUAAAUGUUGGGAUCUGAUCAAAUCCAUAAUCUGAAAUGAGAAGUUUUAAAUUAAGUUUAAAAUUCACAUUGGACACAUGUAUAUAUUUUUCACUUUUGUUUCACAGUUAGGUAAAAAAUUUUAAGAGCUCGGCAUUUUCUGGCUUAAAUUGUUGUAGUGUGUACCAAAAUUGGAUAGGAAGACGUUUAGCUUAAAUACUAAAAUUAUGAUGCAACAGAAUUAAAAAAAGAAAUUGCAUGCCUGAUUGUCAGAUAUUUUAGGUCAAAAUUGGAACUGUGGUGUGCUUUAAUGACUCUGGUCAGAUGGGAAGAGGCAAAAAUAACAGCUGCCCUUGAAAUGCAAAAGGGUUCUAAUUUAAUCAUGCAAAAUAUUUUGUCACCGUUUUUUAUUUAAUUUUUAACUUGCUGGGAGAUUUUUUAGUACUAUAGAAAGAGUACCACAUAGGAAUCUUCAGAUUUUAUAUUCACUUCUGUAUGCAUCAGUCGUUCCCAGCUGCCACAGCCAAAGGGUGGGUCAAGUCCAGCCAGAUGUUUUAUAUUCAUUGUCAGUUCAAUGUUAGUCUGCAGUUAAGGAGUGAAUGUAAAUUUGCAAAUAUCUUUUUUUUUUCUUUAUAGCAGAGUGGAUCUUUCCAGCUGUGUUCCAUGGUGUCUUAUGUCCUCCUAAGCAACAUGUUAGAUGUUAAUCACACUUACUACACCUGGGUACUUGGUUAGGGAUGUUUUGCCCAUUGCCAAGGUUUAAAGACAGGACUCUUAGGAGUGAAGUAAAAGCAUAUUGCUUACACCACUUUUACCUAAUACAAUAUACUCCCCAACCCCUAACAACCAAAAGAGAAAAAAAAACUGUGAUGUGUGAAAGCAAGUUAGAUUUGCUUUUAACUCAGUGCUAACAUUCUUUUUCCUUGUCAUUUUUAGACAAGGAAUUAAAAAAUAAAAAUGAAGUACAUUAGUUCCCUCUAACAAUAGUGAGGAUGUAUACAAGGUUUUAAGUGGUUAAAAUAGAUAUACUUCACAGAAACAAAAGUUGCUCCCGUUUAAGGAGCUUUUGCUCCCAAUAUUUUAUCAUUAGCUCCUACAUUUUUUUAUUCUAGGAGCAAUAUGCAGGUGUAGUUUUACUAUUUUAUACAUAUAUGUAUUUAAAUUUUAAUACUGAAAGAUAAUGUUUUUAUAAAUGUUUGUGUUCCAAAGGCAUUAAAAUAAGGAUGUAUUAAUAAGAAAAAUACCUUUUCAAAUUCUGCAAACUACUCCCAGAUGUUGGGUUUAGGAGCGUAUUAUCUUAAAGUGGACUUUUAGCUCUGCUUCAUGACUGCUUCCUUUGGUUUCUAUGAAACAGAUUGCUUGCUUACAUCUUUAGUUGAAUGAUUUGUUCAAUAUUGCUUUUUCCCCCCCACCAUGUUAAAGAAAGGAAAACAUUGCAAAUGAACAGUGCACAAAAUAAACAGAACAGAAUGCAAUACUAGUUUAAAUCAGCAAGCAUAUGAUAAAAAGCAAGUAAAAAAAAUCACUCUAUUGUAGAUCUUGUUUAACUAGUCUGAGCUGAAGAUAAAUGGAUUGCAUUACUGUAACGGGCCAUAUCCUGAGAGGAACUCAAGCAUCUUCCACUCACAUUAAAGUAAAUGAAAGUUUGGUAACUGAACACCUCACAGAAUCAACCCCUUCAGAUACCACAUUUAUCAGUCAAUAAAGGCAAUUGUAGAACUAAUGGAUAAUGUAAUUUAGUUGUGUUUUGGCAGUAUAUGAAAAAUUAGUAUGUAUAACUGUAUCACUAAAAUCCAAACCACAGUGAAUUGCUAGGUUUGGUUGAGGGGAGAUCGCUUCUAAAAUAUUUAGUUUGAUCUUAACUGCCAGGUCAGAAUAUUCCGACAGACUAUCACCACAUCGCUUAAGGUAUUCACGUGGUGUAUCUAGCAUGUAGGAAAAGACAGUGCCAUCUGUUUAUCAGUUUUAGUUGCUGAUUAGACUUGAUUAAAAAAAAAAAAGUUGCCAACACCCAUUUUCUUUGUAUGUAGCCAGAAUCUUUACUACUUCAGGUAGUGCCUUAGCUUUGUAAAAUGGGAUUGACAUUUCACUUCAGAGUUAACAUACAUUUCUUAAGAAACAGGGACCUCAGACAAGAUAUUGAACCUCAUUCAGUCAGGGUUUCAGUUGGUGGCUACAUUACGUAUGUUUUGCCGCUGAACUAGGAUGUAUGAAUAUUUGGAAGCAGGUUGACACAGUAAGCAACAGUAACACAUUAGUGCUUUGGACUAUUAUCCAGGCAGAGUUAUUGGCCACUAUUAAAAUGUCAGUUUUUAAAACCCUAUUUUCUAGUUAUUGAGUUGAUGUUUUAGGGGGGUCCUGGCUGAUCAUGCACCACUCUUUGUGCAACUUUUAAACUUUUAGUAAGGUUCUUUUU